GUGACGUCAGAGCACCAGCUGGUCAAUGUUUACUUCCAGCUCUGUACUGGAUCAGAUUAUUCAGGAACAAUAUCUUGGAAAAAGAGAAAAACGCAACGAAGAUAUCAGUGAUAUCAGAUUAAAUUAUAAAGAAAAUACCCCACAAAGUCGGCAUAUUCUCGGUAAAAUAUGAACUUCUUAGACCGUUACGAUUAAUGGUUUUUGAUGCGUUUUCGUAGCUAGUUUCUCUGCUGUUGCAAUGCUUAAACCAUUGUGUUUUUCUCACUUGUGGUGCUUUAAAAUAACUGAUUUCACGGCUUAGCCGGAAGAAUGUGGGGAACGUCUUGCCUCGUUUUUACCGUAAUUUGCAGUCAUUACUGAAUUAGUUACUGGUUUCGGUGAGCUUAUCUAGAUAUAUUUAGGUUGACUCGAUAGCUAAGUGAAUGGCCAUCUCUGCCCCUGUGUUUCGUGCAAACGAGACGGGCUGUGUUUUCAAAGGCAGGCGGCGUGCCGGAUGCACACGAAGAUCGGCCGUUCAUGUGUGGCGCAGCUGCGGAUAAAGGCACGGCACACAGCAGCUGCAGCCCUCUCUGCCUGGAACUGCUGCCUUCUCCACAUUCGCACGGAAAUACGUCUGCUUUCACAGUUGAUGGAGAUGGGGGGGUGUCCAUAAACGUUAGCGUGCUGACAUGUACACUAGAAUGACAGAUGAGCUCAUAUCUCUAACCGUGAAACUCUGCAGCGUGUGCGGGAUGCAUGUGUGAGCACGGAUUCUGAUUGCGAUAAACCAGCUGAAUCUGGUCUUCAUCCAUUUGCUGGUAGAGCCGUGGCACAUGUGAUUGUUUUUCCUGUCAUUUACAGUCAUUUUGGGCAGGACGGGGUUUGGACCACUGUUUGCUGAGCGGUUUCGCUCUGAUGUUUGAAUUGCGCCGUUUUCGGUUUAUAGUUAUUUAUAUUUACGGAACAUUAUAAUAGGUGGUCACAUGGUAUGUCAAUUAUAAAGGGACAGAUGGGUUUAAAAGACAGUAAGUAAGCAUAUGGGUAAGAAGCUGUAAUUGUCAUUUCACAUCACAGAAGGGGAACUGGUACUCUGAGGAGCUGUUCAACUAAAUCCACCUGCUGUAAGAGGAUAAUAGGCUACUGGCUGCUUUUAGAUUAAAAGGUAAAUUAAAUAGAAUUUUCUAGUUUACCACCAAUUUUCUCUGUCAGAAAUUUUCUUUUAAAAAAGACAUUUCACUGUCAUCCAAUGUAAGCCAAAUAACAGUGCUCUUUACAAAAUACACUUUUGACAUUUUUCUGGAAGACAGAAAAAUGGGUUUGUGUUUUCAACUCAUUUUAUCGCAGCCAGACAUAAUAAAUAGUACAUACCUUGUCCUGGACUCGCAAACCAAAUUCCUGCAGCCAGUGCUGGUCAGCAUUGUGCAAGAGGCUGGGAUUCAUGAGCAGGAUGGCAGUGCAUCGUAGGGUGUGGUCCCCGGCCCUGUCACUUCACCUGAAGAUGGGUGGCGCUGUAAGCGCUGGGGAAGACAACGACGAGCUGAUUGACAACUUGAAAGAGGCGCACUACAUCCGAUCCGAGCUGGUGGAGCAGGCCUUCCGCGCCGUCGACCGCGCCGACUACUACCUGGAGGAGUUCCGCAACAGCGCUUACAAAGACCUGGCCUGGCGCCAUGGCAACAUCCACCUGUCCGCCCCCUGCAUUUACUCUGAGGUGAUGGAGGCGUUGGACCUGCAGCCUGGGCUCUCCUUCCUUAACCUGGGCAGUGGGACUGGAUACCUGAGCACCAUGGUCGGCCUCAUCCUGGGUCCAUUUGGCGUCAACCAUGGGGUAGAGCUGCAUUCAGACGUCAUUGAUUACGCCUACCAAAGGUUGGACGUGUUCAUCAAAACCAGCGACAGCUUUGACAGGUUUGAGUUUUGCGAGCCCUCCUUUGUGGUGGGAAACUGCCUGGAGAUUACGCCGGAAAGCAGGCAGUACGACCGGGUGUACUGCGGGGCUGGUGUGCAGCGUGAGCAUGAGGACUACAUGAAGAACCUGCUGAAGGUCGGCGGCAUUCUGGUGCUCCCCCUGGAGGAAAAGCUGACAAAGAUCACCCGCACGGGCCACAACACCUGGGAGACCAAGAAGAUCAUUGCUGUGUCCUUUGCCCCAUUGGUGCUGCCGAAGAACAGGGACACCGAGAAGUCCAAGAUCGUCCCUCUACCGGCGAUGUUCGAGGUGCGCCCCCUGCAGGACUUGGCUCGGAUUGCCAUCCGGCACACCUUGAAGACGACGGUCUUGCAGCCGAGCAGGUUGCGGCUGGAGAGGGGCGGAGCCAGGAGUGGGGCUAGGGCACGGCCAAAGCGCAGGCGGACGUGUCGCCGCGCAGACUCACUGCUCCUGGCCAACCGGCACGCGUUUGUGAGCCGCACAAUCCCGCGGAAGCACACGGACGACGGCUGCGACCGCUCCGAGACGGAUGAGGAAGCAGAGGAGGAGGAGGGGGUGGUGGAGAGGCGGGUAGAUUUGACCGGCGAGGAAGUGGGCAGGGAGAGUAGGCCAGACACCCCUGUCAAUCUGCUCAGGGAAAGGAUCCUAGGUCUGCCGCUACCAGAGCCACUGAAGAUGUAUCUGCUCUACUACCGUCAGAAGUAAGCAUGGCAGAGCCUGAUACAGCCUUUUAGGGUUUAACCCCUACCAACUCCGAGCCUCUGUCUCUUCACAUGAAGGAAAAACACACACACCCUCAAACGCAUCAGUUGUGGAGGGAAAACACCUGCAAAGAUUUUUGUCAAGAUAUGCUCUUAGUAUGCAGGUGCUUCACUGUUCACCUCAUUUUUCCCCUCCCUCUCGCAUUGUAGAUGAUUCAGUGCCACAGGAUCUUAGGGGACAGUUUUUGACAUUUGUGCAUACAAUGAGGUGGAUUUGACAGUAGGAGUUUCGCGAGAUGGAUUUGCAGGUAGCCUCCUUCUAGUGGUUCUGAGCACAUCUAUAAAGAUAAUACAGACUCUGCUGGGAAAGGAUCAGUGUCUUUGUCCCCGUAAAUCGCAGACAAGCUAUUGGCUGCCCAAAGUAGAAUUGGAAAAUUUCCCUAAGGGACACUGGGGACUCUCAGGCGAGUUCCAUUGUUCCUAUUUUCAGAUUUUAUGGGCGAGUUCAGCUUGGUCCUAAUGGAUUGGGUGUCUACAGGGACAGUGAAACCAUGCAGGCUUUAAGUUCUAACGAAGCUCAACGCCACACCGCCCGGUUUCUCUAAUGAGUUAUUGUCAAGCCUGCCAUGAGGGUGCUAGAGAACCCUGGCUCCAAAGAUUCUCAGCUUUACUAAUGAAGGAUCACCCCACAAAUAGUGGACCUACACAGCAGUAACACAAGCCUUUUCAUCCCAUUACCACUAGUUAUCCCUCUAGCAAACACAUUUUCUUCUGUCCAUCCAAGAAUACCAGGAAAUCACAUUAUUUUCCGACCGAACAAAAGAUACAAAACAAUUUAAUUUUGUUAUGUGCGCAGGUCAACAGUGUUUACUUUGUGAGUACAGGAUGUGUUGCAUUUAAGACUUUGUGCGAUAUGUGUAUCUGAGUGGUUGGGGGAGGGGUCAACUAAUUUCCUCCAUUAUUAAAAAGAUCUUUGAGAUUUGCUUGCAGAUGAGCAGAUAACUUCAGGACAAACUGUGCAGCGGUAACACCAGACUAUUCUGUUUGUGCAGCCUAACGUGCGGCUGGGUACUUCUAUCUUGUGUUAUCUGCAUCAUGACAUUUAAAAACUUGGUGAGCGAUUUCUGGGGUGGAUAAAUGACUUGCGUUUUUACCGUUUUGAAAACAGCAUGCCCAUUUCCACAAGAGCUCUGCCGUGAGCCCCCAGUCACUGUACCCCCCUCCCCCAUCCCCAAAUAAAGCAUCUUUAAAAUUUCA